AUGACGAAGUUAAUACAACAGUUAAAUUUUAGUAGUAGUAAUUACUUCGACCUUGUAAGAUACGAGCCUAACUCUACUAAAGGAGAGAAUUACUAUGGUGACUGCGCGUCUUUGAACGCGGCCGGCAGCAAGCGCUCGGCUUUGUCGGCUUCCGACGCCGAGUGUUUUUCGCUCUGCCUGGGCGCCGGGCCUCUGUGGGGCCGUCUUCACGAGCAAGAGAAUCGCGGCGAGUCCGCGCUUCUAUCGUCGGGUAGUCUCCACGGACGAGCGGUUAUUCCGCCAGCGUAUCGUGGUCCUGAUGUCCCUGCUCACGGCUCGGCACCGCCCGGAGGGGUGAGUAGCGGGGCUUCGAGCCCCGCUACCCCAUCCACCCCCACUCACGACGACAACAAUCAGUUUAAAUGGUCUGUAACGUCAGGUGACUUGUUGAGCGCUCUACUAUGGGCCAGCGCGAGCUCGUUAUCGAGCAGCGCGGAGAGCUUGGCUUCCGAGUCGAACUUACCGUCGCUGUCUCACCCGGCUCUGCACCCAGAAAGACGUGAAGCGGUUAUCAGCAAGAUACUGGAGCGCAAAGAUCGGCAACCAGUAAAGAUCGACUUCAAAAUUUUCCUUACGGAAAACACCGUUACUCGCUGGGAAGCUGUGUUGCAUGGCAGUACCAUCUAUCUGCGCAUGCCUGGAGUGCUGCAAUCUGGAAGCAAGGAGAGCUUCAUGCUCCUGUUGGACUUUGCUGAAGAGAGACUUGGUUGCAGCAACUGCAUUAUCUGCGUUUUGAAGUCCCGACCGGAUCGAGCCACACUCCUUCGCACUUUCAUGUUCAUGGGAUUCCAACUGCUCUCGCCCACUUCGCCACUAAUGCCGCCGGAAAUCAACAACCCCGAUUACGUCUUCUUGCACUAUAAUAUGCAAUAA